GUACGCAGUAGUCACAGGAGCUUCUAAGGGGCUCGGCCGACAAGUCGCACUUAAGCUGGCGAGAGAUGGAUGGAGUCUUGUUCUUGCGGCGAGGAAUUCUGAGCUUCUCGACGAUCUCAAAAAGAGUAUAGAAAGCUCAUAUGCAGGGGAGUGCAAGGUUAUUACUGUUCCCUGUGACCUAGCCAGUGAAGACGGUCGUAGUGCUCUUGAAAGGAUCGUAGAGGAUCUCCCUAUCACCCUAGUGGUUCUCAACGCUGGAGGUGCUUAUACUAGAGAUUUGGUCAACGUUUCUAAGGAGAAACUGAUACUACGGGAGUGCUACAUCAAACGACUCCAGCACGAUGAUCUCGACAACUCUCCCAACACGACUAACGAGUCCAGGCUACUCAACGCUCCACUCAAGGGAACCGUUGAUACUAUCAAAAAGAUCGGUAUUGUUAUUCUCAUGUCGGCCGGGUCUUGGUUGAACAUGUACAUAACCGAUUGGAUGUCUGAUCGUCAUAUGCUCACCUUCUGGAUGUCGUUCGUCCCGAUCGUGUCGAGCGUCUCGUCUUUCGUUGGCCCCUUUCUCGGAGGAAUAAUCGCUCAGGCCGAUCAAUCAGCGCCCUUAAAUCCGGCUUAUGCUGGUCUGGCUCUGAAUGCCGCCAGCUUUCUCCUGGUCCUGUUUUUCAUGAGGAAGUCUCCAAAGGACGCGGGGUUUCGUGUAUGUGCGUCUAAGGGGAAUAACGCUGCUACCGUCGCCGAUGCGAAACCGAGUAAAGCAGUCGGUCCUCUUGUGGAAUGGAAAGCUAUAUUACUUUGGUUCCUCGUAUGUGGUAUAUCCAGUGCUGGGACCCAAGGAUGGUCCCUCCUCCUAGUGACCAUUCAGAAGGAACUGGGCCUGUCCAGCAUCGUGCUUGGGUCCAUAAGUGGAUGGUGUGGUCUGAUGAUCAUAACUGGCCAGCUGGUAGUCCUCCCUUUCCUCUUCCAUCGACUCAAAUUUUCCGAAGGCGCGGUUGUCGUCUUUGGCUUCGCUCUGGCUCCCUUCAUUAUUAUUCUCGGUUUCGUCAGCAACGUGUGGGUGGCGAUAGCAGUGGGCUCCCUAUUCUCAUUGGGGUUGCCGCUGGUCAUGACCAUGGGCUUUGCAAUUUUUUCAAGACUUUGUGACCCGUCCAAGAAGAGUUUUGUGAUGGGCUUGUUGGCAUUGGACCUCAACGUCUGGAAGAUCAUGGCUAUUCUAUUAUCGGGAAUCCUCUACGACAAGGACAGACGCGCGCCUUAUUGCAUGUUGUUCGGUCUGGUCGUCAUUGGACUGCUCGCUGGCUUCGCCAUUAUGGAGGUUAUGCCCAGGGCGCUGAACAGGAGGAGUCGGGCGAAAGUCCUCCUAGCGGCCACUGAAGUGAGCAGAACGCGUAUUGUCGGCGAUGCUGAAAGAAAGCGGCGCCUUACCCAUCGGCUGGGCUACGGUAACGAGGAGCAUCAAGGCAACCCUCUGGCGUUGCCCUCGGGAGGCGUUUCGAAGAAGGAGAUCGAUGAGGUUGUCGAAUGGGUGAAAUCAUGUGUCUAUUUUACACCUAGAAUGGUCGCGGAGCACAAGGGGGAUAUCGUACCUGAUUUGAUGAAAUCCCUCCUCGGCAGAUGGACGACUGCGAUGAUGGAACAACAUGGGUAUGUGAAUUGGUAUGAAUGUAACAGGGAGGUAGAGAUGCUUCUGGAAGCAGGGUUCCCACAGCUGCGUCUGGAACCGCAGCAUUCGAGACUUAUGCGCCUUCAAGACUUCUAUCAGGCAAUUUUGCUCCACUCAGCUGCCUGUGAGGUCUAUGCAGGAACUUCAUCACACGCUGGACGAGUUUCACCUCUCCUCGUCGCUGCUGCUUCGAAGCUUUCUCGUCCGCCUCGCCAGAGUCCUACUUUGGCAAUGCGAAUCAACUUUGGUCGGUGGCUGAGCCGCUUUCUGAACGAGAGAGGCUAUCAAUCCUGGCCGGGCUGGUUCGCUGAUGGUCGAUUGUUCUGCGUGGUCGUUGCUGGAAUACUUGGGGGCUUGGUUAUCAUGAGGAUCAUGCCGAGGGCGCUGAGGAGGAGGAGCCAUGUGAAGGUCCUUCUGGCAGCGACCGAAGCGAGUAGAUCUCACAUCUACGUUGAUAAGAGACAUCUCAAUCAUCGUAUGGGGUUCGGCAACGAGGAGGAUCAAGGGAGCUCACUUGCCUUGUUCUGUGGGAGGGUCUCCAAAAAGGAGAUGGAUAUUCUUAUACACUGGAUUAAGUCCAGUAUUCAUUCUACUCCCAUCUUGUUCGCAGAAGUCAAGGGG